AUUUCUACUAGUGUGAUGCAUCCUAAAGCAUAAACGAUCUUUUCCGUGACGCAUAUUUAGCGCGAAACUCGGUUUGGGAAGCUAGCUAAAGUGAAAGCCGAGAAGUUAGAAAUGAGUAAAAAGGAUAACGGCACGUCACUCAUCCUUGCCUAUCUGAAUGAGAAGAACCGACCCUACAGUUCUCAGGAUGUCUUUUGCAAUUUACAAAAGCAGCAUGGAUUGGGCAAAACGGCAGUGGUCAAAGCCAUGGAGCUGCUGGCUCUAGAGGGCAAGAUAAAGGAGAAAGCAUAUGGCAAGCAAAAGAUUUAUUUUGCUGAUCAGUCUCAGUUCAAAGAUGUGAAUGAUGCAGACCUGAAGGCGAUGGACUCUCAGAUCUCACAGCUCAGUGCAGAGAUGCAUUCCCUCAACCAGAGCUGCAGACAGCUAGAUUCAGAGCUGAAGGAGCUCAGCAGCUCUCUGACAACAGAGGAAGUGAUGUCAGAGAUCAAAGCGCUGAAAGCAGAGUGUUCAGGCUACAGAUCGCGUGUGGAGAAGAUAAAGUCGGCCACAAAUCACGUCACACCAGAAGAGAAAGAGAAGGUUUACAAAGAGCAGAAUGCUUACGUGAAAGAGUGGAAAAAGAGGAAAAGACUGGCUUCAGACAUGAUGAAUGCAAUCCUGGAAGGCUAUCCUAAGAGCAAAAAGCAGUUCCUGGAUGAAGUUGGAGUGGAGACUGAUGAGGACUGCAAGGUGGUUGUUCCAAGUACUUGAAAGAAACAGAAAACACUUGUUCAUCCACUUCAUCAAUGCAAGCCUGUGCAGUGCUUAGCUAAGAAUAUAGAUUAUACAUCAGAGCAGUCUGAGCCACAGCACAUUCUUUAUUUAUAGUCUCUCUCUUGAACAAAUAGUACAUCUUUAAUAAAAGUUCAAUGGAAAAAAACUUCCACUGUAAUUUAAAGUAUAUUUUUACAAAAAUAGCUGUCAUUUUCAAGACACUAACACUACGUCACAUCAUUACACAGCACUGACAGAUGCUUGAUACCUCAUAGGCAACAUUGGUUUAAUUUUGUUUACGUUUUUAAAGCCGUAAAACCAAUCCUGAGCCUGUGAUGAAAAUGUCAAAAAUCAUUAUUGCUUGGAGAGCUGUAAGUUCUUUGUUCAUAUGGUUAAGUCCAUAUUUGUGCCAUGUUUUUUGAAAACUUCAUAAAAGAACCACAAUGUAUAAAGCAUGAAGGGUUAUUCAUGACCUUCAGGUAUUAUGGAGGGUUGUCAUGUUUUCCCCCUCUCCUUUGUUAAUCAUCCUUUGUACUGUUUAACUCUGUAUUGCUUCCAAGUUAUUAAAUGUUCAUGACAAUAA